AUGGUGCGUAAAAUGAACAGUCUCGCUAAGCGCCUCGCGGCCAAUUCGAGAAGUCGCCAACCUGAACCGGAGAGUGAUUCCGAUGGAUCUGACUUUGAUUUUGACAACGCAAUCGAGGAGAAAACAUGGGAAAAGCCGUUAAAUGGAAUGGAAGUUGAUGGAACGGAAUCGGAUGGAGAAGAUGAUGAUGAGAAAGAGCUCCAAGCCGCUUUCGCAGCUGGGCUUCUUAAAGAUGGAUUAAACAUUCAAGUGGCAAAGAAGCGUCCGAUCAUCAACAAAAGCUCCGAAAUGAAAGAAAAGUUGGCUGAAAUAACAAAAUCUCUUCCAUGGGUUGAGACAUUGGAAGUAGUAACACCACAUGCUGAAAUGGACAAAAAAGUGGAAAACGAUGAUUUCCAAAGAGAGCUUAACUUUUACAAGCAAGCUGAAAAAGCUGUUCAAAUUGCCUACCCACGACUUCUAAAUCUUGGCAUCAAAGUUCUCCGGCCAACUGACUAUUACGCUGAAAUGGCAAAGAGUGACAGCCAUAUGCAAAAAGUUCGCAAGAGGCUUCUUGGAAUUCAAGAAAUGAAAGAACGACAAGAGGCAUUCCGUCGUAUUCGAGAAGAGAAAAAAUUCGCGGUUAAAGUGCAAAAGGAAGCCAUUGCUGCUAAGAAUACAGAGAAAAAGAAGUUAGCCGAAGCUGUUAAAAAACAUAAGAAGGGAAUGAAGCAACAGCUGGAAGAUAUGCUGAACAAUGUCAAGAGACACGGUCUCGACCAAGAUGAUGAUGGGCCAUCUGGAGCCUACGGAGAUCGUCGAGAUGACAGAAGCUCUGGUAGAGGUGCUGGUAGAGGUGCUGGUAGAGGUGGCUCCAUGAGAAACGCGGGAGAGUUGAAGAGAAAACUGAAGUCGGACCAGUUCGGUUAUGGUGGAAAGAAGAAAGGAAUGAAGAGAAACAACAAAGAAAGCUUCAACGACCUCUUUGGAGCACCGCGAGGUGGUUUCGGAGGCCGUGGAGGUGGUCGCGGUGGACGUGGUGGACGAGGAGGCCGUGGAAGACGCUAA